CUUGCGUUCCCUUCGUUGCCGCCUACCCCACGCAACGCAACGCAACGGAUCGCCAAAUCAACUUGAGCUUGAGCAUCCCACCAAUCCACUCCCCAACAGCAAUGGACGCCGCCCAGCGCCGCGUCGGUACCCACCUCCAGCGCCCGCCGCCGCCCGCCGGGGGCUACGGCCUCACCGUCAACCCCACCGCGGCCGAGUACGUCCACGCGCAGGGCUACAGUGUCCUCCUCCCUGAGAAAUUGCAAACCGGCAGGUGGAACGUGUACCGAUCCGCGCGUUCACCGUUAAGGCUGAUAAGUAGAUUCCCUGACACCCCAGACAUUGGAACGCUGCAUGACAAUUUCACGUAUGCAGUUGAGACAUUUACAGACUGUAAGUACCUGGGAACAAGAAUCAGAGCAGAUGGAACAAUUGGAGACUACAAAUGGAUGACAUAUGGAGAAGCUAGCACGAGCAGGACUGCAGUAGGUUCUGGCCUUAUAUAUCAUGGAGUUCGUGAAGGUGCAUGCAUUGGUCUGUAUUUUGUAAACAGACCUGAGUGGAUUAUAGUUGACCAUGCUUGUUCUGCAUAUUCAUAUGUAUCUGUGCCACUUUAUGACACACUUGGCCCAGAUGCUGUUCAAUUCAUUGUGAACCAUGCAGCGGUGGAAGUUAUAUUCUGUGUGCCUCAAACUCUAAGCACUCUGUUAAGUUUUAUAGCUCAAAUGCCAUGUGUUCGGCUUAUAGUGGUAGUUGGUGGAGAUGAUGCAAAUCUGCCAUCAACGCCAGUAACUACUGGAGUGCAAAUCAUAACUUACUCCAGGUUGCUCAUCCAGGGAAAGGCUAGUCCUCAACCUUUUUGUCUUCCAAAACCUGAAGAUGUUGCCACUAUCUGUUACACUAGUGGCACUACUGGCACACCGAAGGGAGCUGUUCUUUCUCAUGGGAACUUAAUUGCAAAUGUAGCAGGAUCAAGCCUAAACAUUAAGUUUUACCCCUCCGAUGUGUAUAUCUCAUAUCUGCCUUUGGCUCACAUUUACGAGAGGGUUAACCAGAUUGCAGCACUGCACUGUGGUGUUGCCAUUGGAUUCUACCAAGGGGAUAAUUUGAAGCUCAUGGAUGAUCUGGCUGCUUUGAGACCGACAAUAUUCGCAAGUGUUCCCCGGUUAUAUAACAGAAUUUAUACUGCGAUUACAAAUGCUGUGAAGGAGUCUGGUGGGCUGAAAGAAAAAUUGUUUCAUACUGCAUACAAUGCCAAGAGACAAGCAAUCCUUAAAGGGAAAAAUCCAUCCCCAGUGUGGGAUAAGUUGGUAUUUAACAAAAUAAAAGCUAGGCUUGGUGGACGAGUGAGACUUAUGAGUUCAGGUGCUUCUCCACUGUCAGCAGAUGUCAUGGAAUUCCUGAGGAUAUGCUUUGGUGGUGAAGUUCUUGAAGGCUAUGGAAUGACGGAGACAUCCUGUAUCAUAUCUGCAAUGGAUAUUGGUGACAGAUCAAUUGGUCAUGUUGGAUCCCCAACUGCAUCUUGUGAGGUGAAACUUGUGGAUGUCCCAGAAAUGAAUUAUACAUCUGAUGAUCAACCUUAUCCUCGUGGAGAAAUUUGUGUUAGAGGACCUAUAAUAUUCCAGGGUUACUAUAAGGAUGAAGUUCAAACAAAAGAAGUCAUUGAUGAAGAUGGUUGGUUGCACACUGGAGACAUAGGUCUGUGGCUACCUGGAGGACGUUUAAAGAUCAUCGAUAGGAAAAAGAACAUUUUCAAGUUAGCUCAAGGAGAAUACAUAGCUCCAGAGAAGAUUGAAAAUGUCUAUGCCAAAUGCAAGUUCAUUGCCCAAUGUUUUAUAUAUGGCGACAGUUUCAACUCUUCCUUAGUUGGUAUUGUUGCAGUUGAACCAGAGGUUAUGAAGGCUUGGGCUGCAUCUGAAGGGAUCCAGUGCGAAGACUUGAGGCAGCUUUGUGCUGACCCUAGAGCAAGAGCUGCAGUCCUGGCCGACAUGGAUUCUGUUGGGAAGGAAGCACAGCUAAGAGGUUUUGAAUUUGCUAAAGCUGUUCGGCUUGUCGCUGAGCCAUUCACAGUGGACAAUGGUCUCCUCACCCCAACAUUCAAGGUCAAAAGGCAGCAAGCAAAGACAUACUUUGCAAAGGAAAUUUCAGAUAUGUACGCGGAGCUGCGGGAGGCAGAGGCACCCAGGUCGAAGUUGUAAUGAUCAAUUCAAGGAGAAGCGACAUAUACAGGCUUACAGAUCAUAUGUCUAGAAGAAACGUAAUCAUCUUUUUACUGGCGCAGCAAAUAAUGGUUCCUGCAAUGGUCAGGAAGAGUCGAGACGGAGGCAGUGCUUGGUGCAAAUCAUAUAGAUGAAUCCUCGUUAUGAACCUCUCAACUGAAUGCCGUUUUCCCUUGUCCAACGUGCCAAGCCACGUUAGCCUGAUACUAGGUAGAGAGGAAAAAGAUAUUCUGCAAAUGUAACAGUGAACAGUUAACAAUCGUGGUGUGUUGUUGCAUAUCUAGUUGAUCGGAACGACCUAGAGAAAUGUGAAGAACACGAAGCGCCUUUCUGUUUGAAUUUAAAUAAGGAUUAUUCGCGAUGGC